GGGGCAGCGAAGUGCGUCAGUUGCGGAGAGACGCAGUCGGGUGGCGGCGUCCUGGUCUGCGGGGAGGCAGGCGGGCUCCGUCGCGGACUACGGGCCUCUCUGGGUCUCCGCUGCCGAAGAUCCCGUCCGCCGGAAGCCCCACCGAGCCGGACGCCAUGAGCGGCUGCCGCGUCUUCAUCGGCCGGUUGAACCCGGCGGCCAGGGAGAAGGACGUGGAGAGGUUCUUCAAGGGCUACGGGCGCAUCCGAGACAUCGACCUGAAGCGGGGCUUCGGCUUCGUGGAAUUUGAGGAUCCCAGGGAUGCGGAUGAUGCUGUGUAUGAACUAGAUGGGAAAGAACUCUGCAGUGAAAGGGUUACUAUUGAACAUGCCAGGGCUCGGUCUCGAGGUGGAAGAGGUAGAGGACGCUAUUCUGACCGGUUUAGUAGUCGCAGACCACGAAAUGAUAGACGAAAUGCUCCACCUGUAAGAACAGAAAACCGGCUUAUAGUUGAGAAUUUAUCUUCAAGAGUCAGCUGGCAGGACCUCAAAGAUUUCAUGAGACAAGCGGGGGAAGUAACCUUUGCGGAUGCACACCGGCCUAAAUUAAACGAAGGGGUGGUUGAGUUUGCCUCUUAUGGUGACUUAAAGAACGCUAUUGAAAAACUAUCUGGAAAGGAAAUAAAUGGGAGAAAAAUCAAACUAAUCGAAGGCAGCAAAAGGCAUAGGUCACGAAGCAGGUCUCGUUCCCGCACCAGGAGUUCCUCUAGGUCGCGGAGUCGAUCUCGCUCCCGGAGUCGAAAGUCUUACAGCAGGUCCAGGAGCCGGAGCCGCAGCCGGAGCAAGUCCCGUUCUGUUAGUAGGUCUCCUGUGCCUGAGAAGAGCCAGAAACGUGGUUCUUCAAGUAGAUCUAAGUCACCAGCAUCUGUGGAUCGCCAAAGGUCCCGGUCCCGAUCACGGUCCAGGUCAAGGUCCAGAUCAGUUGACAGUGGCAAUUAAACUGUAAAUAACUUGCCCUGGGGGCCUUUUUAAAAAACAAAUUCCCAAACCAUACUUGCUAAAAGUUCUGGUAAGUAUGUGCUUUUCUGUGGGGGUGGGGUUUGGAGGGGAUUGGGUUGGGCUGGAUACCUUUGUAGAUGUGGACCACCAAGGGGUUGUUGAAAACUAAUUGUAUUAAAUGUCUUUUGAUAAGCCUUCUGCUCACAUUUUUGUGAAUGUCUGAAGUGUAUAGUUUGUGUAUAUUGAUUGAGCUCUUUUAUAACUAAAGCAAAUUUAAUUUUUGUACUAGAAAAAUUUUGAACAUUUCAGUUACUGGUUAUUCAAAUAUAUUUCAGAAUUAGUUUAAUUCCUCAAUUAAACUAAUUAAUAGCUUUGGACAUGUAAAAGAGCUCUAAGUUUGCUUGUACAUAAAGGCUUGAGUUUUUUUUUGUUAGGGACAAGGGUGUCCUCCCACUCACCCUUUCACCAGCUGCUUGGCAGAGACCGUAAAGCAGCUGUUUGUUAUUGAUAAUAAAAAAUCAUAAAACUG